UGGCCCAAAACGAUUCGUCCAGGCUCGAAAUCUCGUCUUCUUCGCCCGGUGAUUGCCGGAGAAGAAAUGUGGGCGAUUCAGAGGGCAAUUUUCAGGAGAAUCCAUGGAACAGUUGAUGUUACUGUUCCAAAACUCUCAAGCUUCUCUGUAGUGUCUCCCAAGAACGUGGAGGUGGAGUAUGCAGAUGGGAGCAAGUUCAAUUUUUCCGCUGAGUUUCAGAGGAUCCACAGUCCAGCUGCUGACGGCAAGGUCAGAUCAAUUGGAGGCGAGAAGGGAAUGAGAAUUCCAAGAAUCCUGGAGGUCUGGAAGCUAGGCUCUGUCAACUAUGUAGAAUCACUUAAACUUCAGGAGAGGCUAGUCACCGAGAGAAAAGCUCAUCGAAUUCCAGAUACCUUGCUCUCACUUCAACACCCACCAACUUAUACUCUCGGAAAACGUCGAACAGAUCACAAUCUGUUGAUCCCUGAAUCUGAACUCACAAAGAUUGGAGCUGAACUUCAUUAUACCCAGAGGGGAGGAGAUAUCACCUUCCAUGGCCCUAGUCAAGCCAUCUUAUAUCCUAUCAUUUCCUUACGUGAUAUGGGAAUCGGUGCUAGGAGUUAUGUAGAGAGAUUGGAGUCCUCUAUGAUUGAGUUGGCAUCUAUCUAUGGUGUGAAAGCUCGUGCAGGACAUAAGGGAGAGACAGGGGUUUGGGUCGGGGACCAAAAGAUCGGUGCCAUUGGGGUUCGGAUAUCUUAUGGGAUCACAUCUCAUGGUUUGGCCUUCAACAUCAAUCCCGAUUUGAGUUAUUUUAAGCACAUUGUGCCUUGUGGCAUUGCUGAUAAAGAGGUGACAUCUCUAAGAAGGGAGACAGGUACCGUGCUUCCUGCCGAUGAAGUAAUUCAUGAGCAGCUAGUCUCUCGUUUUGCUAAACUGUUUGAUUAUGAUGAAGUUAUGUGGAAAGAUAGUCCUUCAAUAUUGCUGGAUAACCUGCAGAGGGAAUAGUUAAGUCACUCUUCUGACCAAGAUGUUUGUGAAGUGUUGUACUUGUUUCUGUGUUUUCGUAACAUAUGUGAAAGAUUCUUGUUUUUUGUCGCUUAUCUUGCGCAUGAGAUCGAAUCAAUGCUUAUGUUAGUGUAUAAAUUAGCUUUAGUUGUAGAUUAUACUUUUUACCGAAACAUAAUUAAAAAAGGAACAUGUUAAUCUCUCUUAAGAGUUAGAUAUAGGACUUUACCCUGUUCUCUUAAUACCAGAGGUGGAUUCUAGAGGUGCAUUGACAAAGUAAAUUUGUAAGUCUGAUGCAAUGAUCUGGUUUGACCAAGGUCUUAAUCUUGAGCAGUCCCUACACAAUCUUUGCUUGAACCGUGUUCUUGGAUCGCUUCUACUGAAACUGUAUAUAAAAUGUGAAUAUGCUUGUAGUAUUGAAUUACCACGCUGCCAUAAUCCAAGUUCUUUGUGCUGAUUGUUCUUUGGAUCUCUGAGGAACAUAAUAGCUAUCUUAUAAGAGACCUUUCAGAUCUGUGUAAACUCUGACAUAUCUGGUCUGUCCUCACAAGCCAGCUAUUGUUGUCUGAAUGCUUAGAACAUGUGAUGGAUUAGGAAGUAACUCGUGCUAAGUUGCCUUAUUGUAUUUGACUAUAGAAACCAAGCAACUGAUACCCACAUGGAGAGGUGUGUCAUCCCACUAAUCCAGUUUCGAGAGGAGUUAAGUAUUUCAGUUAACUAUGGUAUUGAAAUGUAAGAUCUACCCACAAAAGAAAGAGUCCUCUGUAGUUCUGUUCUUUUCUCAACUCUCAAGUAGAUAGAUAAGUCAGUACUCAUGGGAGGCAAGAGCAGAGCUUUGGCUGUUCCCUUUGCCUUGCUGAUUUUUCAGGUUCUAAUGUUGUCUCUUCAAGCUUGUCACCAUUGCGAGAGCCGGAUGAUUGGAGGGUAUCGACACAGGAAGACAUUGGUUUAUGUUGCUUUCCUAGCUUCUGAGACACAAGGUUCUGUCAGAGGCGGCGCUGAAGAUGCCCGGAAGAAAGUGGAGGCUGGUCUGAAGACGGCACCAGCAAGCAGUUCGAAUCCAACACACAACAAUAAAAGCACCAAACUGCUACCCUGAAUAUCACUAUGGCGAGAAAGAUGAGCCGGGAUCUUCUUUUUUUGAAUCAUUUUUUUAUUUUAUCAGACGAAUUUGCAGGUUCUUUGAUUCUCUAGAAAGCUGUGUAGCUCAGUGCAGAUCUGGAUAUGGAUCUGGAUCUUGUCCUGUACAGAAAGUCUUCAUCUUUAAUGUAAUGCCCCCAUUGUUUAUGUCA